AUGACCGGCAUGGACCAUCUCGAGGGGCACUCGCGCACCGAUCCUCUUCGCAUCGGCGUCGCAUCAACGCGUGAAAUUCUUGCCGAGAGACCGGGUCUCGUCGUUUUUUCGGGCGGCAGCGCGGCAAACAGUCUGGUUGAUGUGUUUGAACACGUGCGCCAUCUCAAUGACUUUACGCUUAGCUACGUAAUCCCCAUCUCGGACAACGGCGGCAGCUCAAGCGAAAUCAUCCGAGUAUUUGGCGGGCCAGACGACAGUCCAGAGAAGACAGCCAUCAAGGGCCUUUUCAAUCAUCGCCUGGCAAAGGACUAUCGGGAAGCUCGCGAGGGCUGGAGCUCCAUCCUGGAAGGCUCACAUGCUCUAUGGCGUGGCGUUUCUACGCCGAAGAAGGAGCUCGUCAGGUCAUUGCUAAAUCACUUCAACCUUGAAGUCAUCAAGCGGACGCGACCGACCAGCAAAUUCGACUUUUCUGGUGCAAGCAUUGGCAACCUGUUCCUGACGGGGGCCAGGCUUUUCACUGGUAGUUUUGAGGCCGCCAUCUAUCUUCUAAGUUCUGUCUGUGCGGUUCCUGAUCACAUUUCCGUGUUGCCGGCGCUUAAUACAAACUUCGCAAACCACAUCGCUGCUGGCCUCGGUGACGGCACUGUCGUUAUUGGUCAAAACGAUAUCUCGCACCCGAGCGCGCCAUCCAAUGCCGUGCCGCUACCAGGAACAUUGGCCAUGUGGACGGAGCAUGCGGAUGCCGUCGAGGAUGCCAAUCUCCCCGGCUCCCACCCGGCGCUGAGAAGGCCUGCGAUCGAGUUUUCCAAGCAGGGCGAGGAAGAACUGCCGGCGCGAAUUGAGAAGAUCUGGUAUAUCAACCCGUACGGCCAGGAAAUACGUCUGCCAGCGAACCCGCGGGUACUAGACUCAAUUGCCGGUUGCAAAGCAGUUAUUUACAGUAUUGGAUCUCUUUUCACUUCGAUUAUCCCUAGCCUCAUCCUCAGCGGAGUUGGGGACCACAUUGCGGAUCCGUCCAUACGUACAAAAGUGCUCAUACUCAACGGCUGCAUCGAUCGGGAGACUGGCCCGUCAACUGAGCCUUACACGGCAUUGGAUAUCAUCGGAGCGGUUGCUGCCGCAUGUGCAGGCUCUCGAGGACACUGUCGGCCUGAGGAGAUGGAAUACUCUACUUAUGUCACCCACCUGAUUUAUGUCGAGAGCUCGUUAUCUCCUUCCGUCGACAAGACUAGGCUCAACGAGCUCGGAAUCGACGUACUGCGCGUUUAUGGCAUGAAGACGGAUCAAUAUGGAGGCCGGUACGACCCCAAGGCUUUGAUGCAAACACUUGAAGCGAUCAUAGGGCGAGCCGACAAACGACUGGACAGGAGCCGGCGAAACACGUUGGAUGCAUGA